GGGCAUUUCGGUGAUUCGUGUCACCCUAUCAUUAUACUUCCGGUAAAGUCACAAAAUGAGUUCACUUGCAAAUCAGACAGAUCCCAGGCGGCCUAAUAAGAUUGUGAGGUACAAACCACCUCAGGCUGGAACCCCUUCAGAUGACCCUACACCAGACUAUAUGAAUCUCUUAGGCAUGAUUUUUAGCAUGUGUGGACUUAUGAUGAAGUUGAAGUGGUGUGCUUGGGCUGCAGUAUAUUGCUCUUUUAUAAGUUUUGCCAAUGCCAGGACCUCAGAAGACACCAAACAGAUGCUAAGUAGCUUUAUGUUGUCAAUAUCUGCAGUUGUGAUGUCCUACCUACAGAAUCCUCAGCCUAUGACCCCACCCUGGUAGUACGGAAAAACAACAGUGUAAAAGACGGAAGGGGAGGGUGAGGUAGUGUUAGGGGUAAUUGCAUACAAAGCCAGAGAAUGCUGUCAUUGUAUUGAAUAUGAUUUGGCAACUUGUGAGAAUGAAAUCAUUUUCUUUGAUUAUUGACAAUUUCAGUUGAACUGAAAAUGUUUCAGGGACACUUAUUAGCUCACCUGAGCCGAAGGCUCAAGUGAGCUUUUCUGAUCAAAAUUUGUCCGUUGUCUGUCGGCGUUGUCGUCGUCGUCGUUGUCGUUGUUGUCGUCGUAAACUUUUCACAUUUUCAUCUUCUUCUCAAGAACCACUGGGCCAAUUUCAACCAAACUUGGUACAAAGUAUCCUUGGGUGAAGGGGAUUCAAGUUUGUUCAAAUGAAGGGCCACGCUCUCUUCGAAGGGGAGAUAAUUAUGAAUUAGUGAAAAAAUUAAUGGCAUUUUUAAAAAUCUUCUUCUCAAGAACCACUGGGCCAAGAAAGAUGAAACUCAUGUGGAAGCAUCCUUAGGUAGUGUAGAUUCAAGUUUGUUCAAAUCAUGACCCCCGGGGCAAGGGUGGGGCCAAAAUGGCCGACCCAAGUUUUACAUAGGAAUAUAUAGGAAAAAUCUUUAAAAAUCUUCUUCUCCAGAACCGCUGGGCCAGGAAAGAUGAAACUCAUGUGGAAUCAUCCUCAGGUAGUGCAGAUUCAAGUUUGUUCAAAUCAUGACCCCCGAGGCAAGGGUGGGGCCAAAAUGGCCGACCCUAGUUUUACAUAGGAAUAUAUAGGAAAAAUCUUUUAAAAUCUUCUUCUCCAGAACCACUGGGCCAGGAAAGAUGAAACUCAUGUGGUUUCAUCCUCAGGUAGUGUAGAUUUAAAUUUGUUCAAAUCAUGACCCCCGGGGCAAAGGUGGGGCCAAAAUGGCCUACCCAAGUUUUACAUAGGAAUAUAUAGGAAAAAUCUUUAAAAAUCUUCUUCUCAAGAACCGCUGGGCCAAGAAAAAUGAAACUCAUGUGGAAUCAUCCUCAGGUAGUGUAGAUUCAAAUUUGUUCAAAUCAUGACCCCCGGGGCUAGGUUGGGGCCAAAAUGGCCGACCCAAGUUUUACAUAGGAAUAUAUAGAAAAAAUCUUUAAAAAUCUUCUUCUCCAGAACCACUGGGCCAGGAAAGAUGAAACUCAUGUGAAAUCAUCCUCAGGUAGUGUAGAUUCACGUUUAUUCAAAUCAUGACCCACGGGGCAAGGGUGGGGCCAAAAAUGGCCGACCCAAGUUUUACGUAGGAAUAUAUAGGAAAUAUCUUUAAAAAUCCUUCUCAAGAACCACUGGGCCAGGAAAGAUGAAACUCAUGUGAAAUCAUCCUCAGGUAGUGUAGAUUCAAGUUUGUUCCAAUCAUGACCCCCGGGGCAAGGGUGGGGCCAAAAUGGCCGACCCAAGUUUUACAUAGGGAUAUAUAGGGAAAUCUUUUAAAAUCUUCUUUUCAAGUACUUCAAAGCUAUGAUUAGUGAUAUUUAUAUGGAAUCAUCCUCAGGUAGUGUAGAUUCUAGUUUGUUCAAAUGAUGAAUGCCUGGAGGGGGGGGGGGAGUAAAUUCAAGCCCGAUGUGCUCAGGUGAGCGCUGUGGCCCCUGGGCCUCUUGUUCAAGUAGACAUUGUGUAACCAAGACUGCAUGCAUACUAGAAAAGAAUGUGAGUGCAUGAGAGGAGGAUUGCACACCUUGUUUGUAAUUUUUAUUAUUGAAUUCAUGAAUGAAUUUUAAAUUAAAUUGUAUUUUAAUAUAGUUUUGUGCAAUAAACUGAAUGUUUUCAUGUAAAA